UUGACAAACUACUAAAAAGCUUUGGUAAUGGUGACUAUUGUUUCCAUGGGGAGGCAAUAAGCUGCUUCACCUGCUUUUGUUUCCCCCCCUGAGAUGGAAUUCAAUCUUUAGGAAAAUGUGUGCUUCUUUUUGAGCCUCGGUGUUGCUUCUUUUUGGGUUCUCCUUUGAUGGGUUGCUCGUGAUCUCGUUUACUUCGGGAAACGUGUGAUCUUUGUGCCUUUGGAGCUGCACCUUUCGAUGCCAUUCUUUUGUGUUGAAACAAAUCAAUUUGCCUAUCCUUUUUAGUUGCAAAUCGUUGUUACUUCAUAGUGGACAGGGAACUGUACUUUCCAUUUAAUCCUUGUAGGUUUGGCUUCUUCCUUCGUGAUACAUUUUUGAUGAGACAACUGUUCAGAUCUUUGCAUCUGUUCUAAUAAAAGGAGGUAUGGGCGGAGGCAAUAUGGUCACAGGUUGAUGUCUCCUCCUCACAUGUUGUUGCUCCGAGACAUUUGAUCUCAUCUUCACAGAAAUGUGUCAAACUUCUGUACCCGAGAUGAACAUCCGACACCAGAUACAUGAACACCCAGCUACGCCCACUCUAACUCAGCACACUUGCAAGUAUUAUCAAGUUCUGUAGCCAACUACUGAUGGAUAAACCAAUUCCAGCUGAGGCUCCUCAUGACCUUCCUAUCACUGAUGUUUUCCCAUAUUCCACUGAACCAAAUACAAAGAUAUUAACCAUCAAAAUAGCAGGACCUUCAUCCGAGAAUGGGGAGAAAUCUGUCCCCAUCUCACCUUCCAUAUCGAUUUCUCCACACUUGAAUUCACCUUCUCCACCAUCCUCUGCAUUUGUCUCAGCAUUACAGUCACCGUACAUAUCUCCGAGAGCCUUAGAACCACCGAGCGAGAACAACACUGUACCGACGACCACAGUCCCAUCACCAGUUUCAUACUCUGGUUCACAUUCUGAUGACAUCCCAAGCACUUCCUACACUCCUCCAUCAGAAAGAUACGACUUUGUGGCUGACCAAAUCGACCAGAAGCCCAAGUUUUCCGAUGCAGCACCGCCUCGUAUCUCGUUCUCUUUCCCAGUCCCUCGUAUCUCGUUUACAAAAUGCUCGGACUCUCCUUCUUCCAAUGCCAAGCUCCGUAGCUGUGAUGUUUACAUUGGAUUCCAUGGCCUUAACAAUAAUCUCAGUCGCUUCUGUAAAUGGCUCAAGUCUGAGCUUGAGCUCCAGGGAAUAGCCUCAUUUGUCGCUGAUAGGGAAAGGUAUUCAGAUACUCAGAGACAUGAGAUUGCUGAUCGAGUCAUAUGCUCCGCGACCUUUGGUGUCAUUGUGGUGACACCGUCAAGUUUUCUUAACCCUCUCAGUGUCGAGGAGAUAAGGUUCUUUGCUCAGAAGAAAAAUCUCAUUCCACUAUUGUUUGAUACUGAGCACUCAGAGAUCAUGAGUCUCUUUGAUGGGAGGUUGGAGGAUAAGGAGUGUAGGGAAGCAUUUGAAGGGUUGACCAGGUGCAAUGAGUUCAAGCUCGAAACAAAUGAUAGCAACUGGAGAAGCUGCAUCGUGAAGGCUGCUGGGAUUCUAAAAUCAAAACUUGGUAGGAAGAGCAGCACGGUGAAGGAAAACGGAGUUUCUGAAGAAUUACCCUUUCCUCGAAACAGACAUUUCGGCGGUAGAGAGAAGGAGCUGACAGAAAUCGAGGCUGCUUUCUUUGGAUGCUGUGAAGUUCAUGAAAUAGAGUAUCCAAAUCACACCCUGGUGAAAGCUGGCUCAAGUGAUGGAUUUGCUGAUGAGGAGAGUGAUACCGUAAGAACAAGUGGGAAGUACAUUAGUCUAGAAAUGAGGAAGUGCAAAGAACCUACUUUAGAAGCUUGGAUAGAACCAGUGAUGGAGCUAACAAGCAAAGGAAGAAGCCUUCAAAAGCAACGCUCAAAGCACAAAAAAUCAAGGAGUGGAGCCAGCAAAGGCUAUGGCAACGCGAAUGUAUUCUGUAUCAAUGGAACCUCAGGCAUAGGGAAGACAGAGCUUGCCUUGGAAUUUGCCUAUCGAUAUGCUCAGAGAUACAAGCUGGUUCUGUGGAUUGGUGGUGAAGCAAGGUGCUUCAGGCAGAACAUUUUGAAUUUGUCGACGGACUUGGGUCUGGAUGUCAGUGCAGAGGGAGAAAAGGAAAGAGGGAGGAUAAGGAGCUUCGACGAACAAGAGUUUGAUGCAUUCCAAAGGGUAAAGAGGGAGCUCUUCCGAGAUAUCCCUUACUUGCUGGUCAUCGACAAUCUUGAAACAGAGAAGGAAUGGUGGGAAGGGAAAGACCUGCAUGAUCUGAUUCCGAGGAACACUGGAGCUACCCAUGUGAUCAUCACGACGAGGCUAUCCAAGGUUAUGAGCUUCGAGCCAAUGCAACUUCCACUGCUUUCCUUGGCCGAUUCACUACUUAUACUUAGAGGCAGAAGGAAGGAGUGCUCGGUUCAGGAGAUCGAAGUGCUAAAAAAAUUCGAUGAGAGAUUGGGGAGGUUGAGCUUUGGGUUGUCAGUAAUAGGUUCCCUUCUUUCUGAGCUGGCUGUUUCACCAUCCGAAUUACUCGAAGCAAUUGACAGGAUCUCCCUUAACGACAAUACUUUUUCUUUGGGUGGUAGUGAGGAUGCUUUCUGCAGGAACAACACUUUCUUAAUGAAAGUCCUCGUGUUUUGCUUUGCAGCACUGGAUCGAGCUAAGGGAAGAAGCCUUGCAUCGAGAAUGGUCCUCACUGGUGCAUGGUUUGCUUCUGCCCCAGUUUCUUCAACCAUAUUAGCAGCUGCUUCUAAUAAUUUACCCACAAAAGGAAGCUUCCAUCAAUGGGGGAAAGGUCUCACGAUCGCUUUCUUAUGUGGCUCGAAUUGCUGCUUAUCACCCCAAGCUCGAAAAAAUGAAGUGGAGUCUGCUCUGCUGCUGGUAAAACUAGGCCUGGCAAAGGGAACACUGAGACAGCCGGGAUGCUGGAUCCAGUUCCACCCGAUCACCCAAAUGUUUGCCAAGAUGAGAGGGGGGCUGCCACCGGCCAAGGCCAUGGUCCAUGGAGUCAUGAAGGUUGGUAACGCUGCAACGAACUUAGACCAUCUAUGGGCUUCAGCAUUCCUCAUCUUCGGGUUCAAAUCAGAACCCCCUCUCGUUCAGCUCAAACCAGGCGACAUGGUCUUCUUCAUAAAAAAGACCGCACUUCCAUUAGCAAUUCGGGCAUUCAUGACCUUCUCGAGGUGCAAUUCAGCUUUGGAGCUCCUGAAGGUAUGCACGAAUGUGCUCGAGGAGGUGGAGAAAUCAUUUGUGUCACAGAUACAGGACUGGCACCGAGGUUCCUUGUGCUGGAAAAAUCGGCUCCAUUCUAACCAGAAGGUGGAUGAAUAUGUCUGGCAAGAUGUGACUCUCCUCAAAGCCACAUUGCUUGAGACUCGAGCUAAGUUGCUGCUGAGAGGAGGGCUUUUUGAUAACGGGGAAGAAUUAUGCCGAACUUGUAUUAGUAUUAGGACUGUGAUGCUUGGCCAUAACCAUCUUCAGACUUUGGCUGCUCAAGAAACGCUAGCCAAGUUGGUCAGGUAUAGAAGUAAGAUAUGAAGCUAGCUAUGGACAUGUAAAAUGUGUAUCGUAUCGCUUCGGCUUACUUGACCUCUACAUUCACCUCAUUCUCAGUUUUGUUCUCA